CAAGAACGGGUGGCAUUUUUAUGAAUUAAUUCAGAAUAGAAAACGUCGAGAAAUGGAACUUUCCCCAGUGCCACUCCGACCGUCACCACACUUCAUCGGCGGGAUGUUUGCACAACUGCGGCUCGUCUGCUUAGGCUCUGCGCUUUCAAUUCAAAACAUUGAAGACAAAACAGAAUUUUGCUGCUCGAACAGUUUGUUCAUUAACUGAUUACAGCGCCUUAAAAGGCACAGGGAAAUAUGGCAGAAAAUGGCGGUUCUGAAGUGACUCCAGCUCCAGAAAGUCCUGGGAAGGUGAGGAAAACUGUCAGUGUUGAUGCAACUCCAUCAGUUGACGAGCCUGAACCAGCUGAAUCAGAAGAAGUCACUGGUGAUGAAAUUACAGCUGAGGAUGUUGAAGAUGUCAAUUGUUUGGAGCUUGAUUUUAAUCAUCGCCAAUUAAAAGAAAUAAAAAAUCUUGAACCUCUGAAAUGCAUUGAAAGGUUGUACAUGCGCUGGAAUCUGCUCAAGAAAAUUGAAAACUUGUCCACUCUUGUGACAUUGAGGGAAUUAGAGCUUUAUGAUAAUCAGCUCACUGUAAUUGAAAACUUAGACUGCCUUGUAAACCUUGAGAUUCUGGACCUGUCGUUCAAUCGUAUCACGCGCAUUUGUGGACUGGAAAAUCUUACAAAGCUUGAAAAAUUAUUUUUAUGCUCGAAUAAAAUCCAGAAGAUUGAAAACAUCAACCAUCUGAAAAACUUGCAGUAUUUGGAACUUGGGGAUAACAAACUGAGGACUAUUGAAAAUUUGGAAGGACUGUCAAGUUUGACAAGUCUAUUUCUAGGAAAGAAUAAAAUAACCAAAGUUCAGAACCUGGAGUGUUUGCCUCAGCUAGAAGUACUUAGCCUUCAGAGUAAUCGAUUGACAAAGCUGGAGAGUCUUGAAACCCUGACCAAGCUGGAGCAGUUCUAUGUGUCAGAAAAUGGUAUAAAAGAAAUAGAAGGAUUGGAGGCCAACUUGGAACUUACCACUCUGGAUCUUGCCUCUAACAAGAUAAAUCAGAUUAAAAAUGUGGAUCACCUCCCCAAACUGGAAGAGUUUUGGUUGAAUGAUAAUGAAGUAGCCGAUUGGAAUUGUGUUGAGAAGCUUACAGCAAAUAAACAACUUGUGACAGUGUAUUUGGAACGCAACCCACUUUCAAAAGAUGCUGCAUAUCGCCGCAAAGUUAUGCUUACCCUUCCAUGGCUACAACAAUUAGAUGCCACAAUGUGCAGGCGUGAAUAAUCCACUAGAUCUACUAUUUUUGUCAACCAUGCACUAUAAAACUAAUUAAACUGUUCACAACUACACUUACUUAACCUUUUGAAGUGGUAAGUGGCUAAGCUUUGGAAAUUGAUGUACAUACUAACAGAAUAAAUAGCUUUACAGUGUAAUGUUAACUGAUACUAUAAGCGAGACUGUGUGUUUUCAAAAUCAUACAGACAACUCCAUUAUUUUACCCUGUCUCCACUAAAGACUGUUCUAAUAAUCAUGUUUUUAUACCUCAAGUCUUGCUUUUAAAUUCAAACCUAGGUAUUUGUAAAAUUAGUGGUAACUUCAUCAAAUGAGAGGUAUCUGCUGUCUGUGUCAAAUCAAUUUGAAAAGAAAUCGAAGUGAAAAAAUACUCAAAGAACUAUCAGUCUUUGUAUAUUUUUCCAAACAAUCUUGUUUUUAAAGUAGGUUGGUAAAUGUUUCUGGUUUGCUAAAUGUUUCCUGUUAGUUUUGGACCAAUUGCCAAAUUUUUGAUGUUCCUGUAGAAUAAUAUUAAUAUUAUCUAAAUACAUUGCACUUCUUGAGCCUUCUUGAAAAUUUUGUUUGUUUCUGAAUUGUCAUGGUUUUCUAAAAUGAUCAGGAGUGAAUCUGAUGGGAAGAACUACAAUAAUCUAAAUGAGGUGUAAGCAGGAAAUUUCUUAUCUUCAACUGUGAAGGACAUUGUCUCUCAAGUUUAGACUUUGUACUUAAAUAUUUAUAAUUUUUAAAAAUUUAUUACUGUCUAUCUAUCUAUCUGUACUAUGUAUAUUUCAUUAAGAGAAUUUAUUUUGAAUGCAAUCAUCAUUCAACAUGUUUUAAGUUGACCAUUUCUUCCGUGUGCUACUAAGUUAAAACUUUGAUUCUGCAAUUUUUUUGUAAACUUAAUAUUGUAUUGCCUUUAGUGAGGUGUGAUGUAUGAUGAAGGGAACCACAUUUUAUAAAGCUGUGAUUUACUCUUCUGUUUAGAUUUUAACAUCGCCUUCAAGCGUCCUUUUUAUUUUUACCACAAUGUACCUCUCUGUACUUUUCUAUUGGGAGAUCAGUUCCCACAGAAUGUGCUAGAGUCUGCCAACAUUUUUCUUACCCUGUCAGAAGUUUUCUUGAGCAGCCAGAUACCAUAGCUGUUACUAUCACUGUUUGUCAAUCAGUAAAUUAAAAAAGCUGGCAAUAAAUGCAAUGAAAGCUUA